AUGUUUGUGGAUCCGAACAGCAUCCGGACCAUCAGCCAGCUGAAGGCGGCGCUUCUGGCUGAUCUGACGCAAGGCCGGUUCUCAAAGACGUCCGCGUUUCUCCACGGGGGACGUGAAUCUCUGUGCGAAGCCUUGGAAAGCAAAAAUCCGGGAUUUUCGCUCUCGCGCUGGUCUUCACAUCUCCAGGACGCCGACCUCGGGAGUCCGAGGCGGCCCGUCGAUCUCGUGCUGCGCCUCGACAAUUUCGUGCUCCCCGACGGCCAGCCGAUCGAGCUCCUCGAGAAAGACGACGUCGUCACGGUGUGUAUAUACACCGCAGUUCCCGCGGAGACAGCCGACGCGCGGGGCCUUCUUCUGGGGGGCUUCGAGGUUGCGCCGGUUCAGAAACGUUCUCACUUGUUUCGAGCCAGUGACGCAGGGACGAGGCUAGAGCCGCAGCCAGAAGAGGAGCGAGGCACGGCGCCAGUUUCUCCUGGAAAGGGAGCGCGAAAACGCGAACGGUCGCUUGGGCGCCCAGCCCCCGGCCGCGCGGGUGUAUGUACACCGGAGCAGGCGAAGAAGGGGCGAAAGGCUGCGGCGCCCGAGGGCAUCCGAAGCGGGGCGUUGGCGUCUGUUCGCAAAGCGGGCAGAAGCGAUACGACUUCGAGCGAAAGCAGCGAGGACGAGGAAAGCAGCUCCAGCAGCGACGCGUCUGAGACAGAAGAAAAAAAAGCCGCGCAUGCCCCCGCCCUGUCGGCGAAGAGUCAGCUGCACUGUCCGUCGGAGUUGCCGGAAUCGGCGUCCGCGGCGCCUGCCGCUCGCCUCGGAAGGAAAGGACCGAGCUCGGGUGUAUGUACACCUUGGCAGAAGGGCGCCGUGGCGGUGUCGGUCUCCAGCAGCGACGACGACAGUUCCGACAGCUCGUCGUCCUCUGACUCUUCUGCAGGGAAGAGAAAGCGCAGCUCGGCCCUCGCGGCGACUCGCGACAGAGGCAACCCCCUGCCGUCCGGGGGCUGCAGACAACAAGGAGUGAACAGCAAAGGCCUUCAGGGGCCCAGCAAGGUGCUGGCGAGCCGCCCGACGCAGGCUGGCCACGCUGCAGGCUCUGUCGGGCGUCGCCCAGGGGGCGAGGCGUCCUUCGCGAAACAGAAAGGGAGAUCAGUGGCAGUGCGUUCGGAGAGUUCGAGCGAAAGCGACGGUAGCGAUGAGUCUGACUCGAGCAGCGAGGAAACGGAGAGCGCUGGAACGAAACGCAGCCCCAACAGCGGCCGCACGAACGUGGGCCGAAUGCCCGCCGUCGUGGCGCGGGCUUUCGGGCUAGCCGCGGGGGGAACCUCAGGUGUAUGUACACCCGGGACCGGCGGGGGCGUCAAAGGAAGCGCUCCCGCCGCGGUUUCUCAGGCGCGCCAAGACGCGAAUCGGCCGAGAGCAGAGGCGCGCGGAAGAACAGAGAAGAAAGGCGGUCCGAGCAACGUCGCCAAGGACAGCGCGGGAGAGAGUCGCCAGGCAAUUCCGCAGAGCCUCGAGACGCCUCUGAAGGAGGCUAAAAAGGUGGAGACGGGACAGUCCGAGUCCGCCGAGGCGUGCGCGAUUCCUGAUCCUGCGGCGUUCGUCAGCUGGCCGUCUGCGUCUCUCGAGAACGUGCAAAUCCACCAGUGGCUGCAAGUUCGCUUCCUCAUCCUCCAGGGGUUCAUGCCGACCCUGAGCGAAGAGCGGCUCGUACGCGUGGAAGACAAGGAUUUGACCACUGGGCGUGUGCGCCUCUGGGAGCGCCGGGGCUCGAGCGACCGUCCCCCAACCGUCGCAGCUGGAGCUCCAGCCCAGACCGGCCGUCGCGGCGGAGGUUCUUGGCGGGACUGGUCAAGUCUCACAGAAAUCAAGACGACGAAAGAGAUGGUCAACGACGCAGGGACAGACGCUCUGAAGUCUCGCGCGUCGAGCAGUCUGGCUCCGGAGCGCGCAGCUUCUCCCGGCGGUCGCUCGCGAGUGCCGCCCUCUGCCGAGGCGGGGAACGGCGCAGACGCAGGCGCCGUGGCGUUCAAGUACCAACCGAAACGGCUUCUCGCUCUGCAACAGAGAGAACGCGCUUCGCACGGAAACGCGCCCCCGUCUGAGCCGCUCCGGUUCGUCACCCAAACUAUCGACGCAGGAGAAAUGCAUGCCAGCCUCCACGCAAGCAACGCAACUCGCUCUGAAGGCUCACCUUCUUCCUCGUCCUCCUCUCCUGCCUCGUCUUCCUCUCCUGCCUCGUCUUCUUCCGCCGCGUCUUCCUCUCCUGCCUCGUCUUCUUCCGCCGCGUCUUCUUCUUCUUCUUCUUCUUCUUCUUCUUUGUCUUCUUCGUCUUCUUCGUCUCCGGCGGGGGGGGUGGCCGAUGCCUCGGAGGGUGCGUUGCGUUUGCGCGGCGGGUCUUCCUCGCGUGCUUGCGAGAAAGGGAACGACGGCGACUGGGACGCCUUCUUGCUUUCCGGCUUGGAGGUGUUUGUGAGCGAAGACGGUUCAGACGUGCUCGUGCGUCACUUUGCCUCGGCGGGGGCAUUUCACCUGCCGCUCCCUCGCGACGUGCUCGAGGCGUGCCGGCGCAACCUGCAGCCGCGCGUCUCUCGAAGGCGCGGCGGGGAUGGGGAGAAAUCGCAUGAGGCGCCAAGCGCGGAAGCGGGACCGCCAGAGACGCCCGCGUCUCUCGGGGAGAAGGCGAGAGGCGCCGACCGCGAGAGCGCCCUCGUGCAUCUCGUGUCGCCGCGCACCUCGUCGACGACUGCCACUGAUCGCGAAGAGAACGGACGCCCGACAGCGGCAGAGAGGCCGGUAGGCGUUUCUGCCUCCGAAAGGAAGGACACGCGGCGGCGACGCGCCUCCCGCCUCACGCCCGAGGAUGGAGACGAAGACGCGCAUGCGCAGCAAGUCGUGGACUUGGAGGCUGUUGACGCGUGCGUGAGAACGAGCGCGCUGAAGAUCUUGCGAGAGAAACUGGACCGGAGCAGAAAGGCCCUACGGAGACAGCUGGAUUUUUACUUCUCGCCCCACAACUGGGCCUCUGACGCGCACCUGCGAUCGGCGCUCGUCCCUCUGCCUGGCGCGCUGGCUGCGAGGCUUCAAAGGGAGAAGGCGGGCGCGGAGGCCGAGCGGGGGAAAGACGAGCAAAACAGUGGGGAGAAAAACGGCUCGGGGAAAGACGGAGAACUGAACGUAGAAGGCGCGACGGCAAAUAUGCCGUCAGGCGUGUCGCAGUCAGAGAAAGAUUCGUCAAACGAGGCAGACACCACUCACACCAAUCACGCUUCGGCCUCUACGGUGCGUCUCGGCGUGCCUCUGAGGGAAGUUGCGGCGUUUCCGCGCGUCCGGAGUUUGACUGCCGACGUGGAUUUCAUCGCAGAGUGCAUGCGCAGCCGCGGGGGCUUGCAAUUCGUCCAGGCAGAGAAGGACGAGAACGGCGACUGGUGGUUGCUCCGCACGGAGAAGGCGGAAGCACGCGAUGAAGGGCUGAACGGCAAAGAGCCCAGACGCACGCGGAGAGGCAGGUGGGGAGGCGUCUCGGGGGUCGUGGCCAAACCGUGA